UAGUUAAAGAUCACGUGAUAUGGCCUUGUAAACAUUAUUGUUUUUCAUUUUCAUUUCUUCUUUUCUAGUCAAUAGAUUGUAUUAAAUGAGUCUACUCACACGAGAAGCAGUUAUAUAAUAAAGUAGAAGGAAAAAUUACUCUUACUCUAAAAGACUGAAAUGGCCAGCAACCAGCACGACAUUGCACAGGGCAUACAACCAGAUCACCUCACCACCUCUCGCCUCUUCAAGAUGAAGGAGCACUGCUCCGCCUCCUUCACUGUCAUGAAUCAGCUAAGACGUGACAACCAGCUCCUGGACAUCAGGUUUCGCAUCGGAGACCACGCCUUCUCUGCCCAUCGGGUCGUACUGGCCAGUUGCUCACCGUAUCUAAGAGCAAUGUUCACCUGUGGGAUGAAGGAGAGCACCCAAGAUGAGAUCAUGCUAAGGGACAUUGAGCCACAGGCCAUGGAACUGUUGAUCGACUUUGCUUACACUGGUGAGAUUGAAGUCACAACAGAGAACGUCCAAGACCUCCUCCCUGCUGCCGGGAUCCUUCAACUAAGAGACCUCAAAACGGCCUGCUGUGAGUUCCUCAGCGAUCACAUGGACGUCACCAAUUGUCUCGGAAUAAAACAAUUCGCCGACAUGCACUCCUGUCCCGACCUAGUCAAGAAAGCUAAUCGAUUUAUCGUCAGAAAAUUUGCAGACGUUGUGAAAACGGACGAGUUUCUCGACGUCCCUCACCACAUCUUAUGCGAGUUGUUAGAAAACGAUCAUCUUCACGUUGAGAAUGAACUCCAGGUCUUCACGGCCUUCCUGAGGUGGAUAGAUUAUGAUAUCGAUGGUAGGGCGCCUUUUGCUUACGACCUGUUUGGUUGCAUUAGAAUACCCCUCCUGCCCAAGCAACACUGGGAGAACGUGUUUACUAAUCAUCGCCUGUUUCAAAGGAGUCGUGAGUGUCAGGCCUACAUGCGUGGGUACCUCAUGGGUCUGGACUUCACGAGCCUCUCACUCAAGCCACGCUCUCCCAUAGCUACCAUAUACACCAUUGGAGGAAGGAACUCGCAGAAGUGCCUCAACACUGCAGAGAGAUAUGUAACUGAGGAUGACAGAUGGGAAGAACUACCAUGCAUGAAACAAGUCCGAACUGCAGUAUCUGCUGGUUCCAUUGAUGGUCGGUUGUAUGCUGUGGGUGGCGAAUGUGAAACAAAGUUCUCACACGAAGGGACCCUCUACCUCAGCUCUGUAGAGUAUUAUGAUCCGAUUCAAAACACAUGGAGUAAUGUCGCCGAGAUGAGGUAUGCUCGCUCUUUUGCAGCUGUGGCUGUAUUGAACGAUAAGUUAUAUGCAAUAGGUGGUGAGACCACUCAGUAUUGCUAUAAAUCGGUGGAGGAGUAUGACCCAGUUGCUAAUACAUGGUCUAUAGUCCCUGAUAUGCACACUGCUAGAUCAGGGGCUGGAGCUGCUGCAUUAGAUGGAAGGUUAUAUGUUCUCGGAGGGCAGGACAGAGCAGUCCAUUACUCCUCAAUGGAAUGUUACGAUCCGAAUGAGAAGAGAUGGUACAUGUGUCCCAGUAUGAAGCAUCCUCGCUCCGGUGUCGCAACGGCCGUCCUCGGUCGCUACCUCUACGCGAUAGGCGGCCGUGACCGCCACAGGCAGGCCUACUACGACAUAGUUGAGAGAUUCAACGUCGACACAAAUACUUGGGAGUCGUUUCCAAGGCUUACUCACUCUAGGGCGUGGCCUGCCGCUACUGUGUUUAAAAACGAGGUGUAUGUUAUAGGAGGGUACGACGGACAGUUGAGGCUUAAGAGUGUGGAGAGGUUCGACGAGAAGGAGCAGAAAUGGAAGAGAAGUGGGGACAUGGUAGAGUUUAGGGCAGGGUGUGGCUCUGCUGUGUUGUGACAACAAGUCGUAUGAUUCUGAUUGA